AGCUGGGAUGUGAACCCAGACAGUCUGGUUUUAGACUGUACUCUUAACUACUGUGCUCUAGUGUGUCUCAGGAUAGUAUGUGCCUCAUCGGGUUGUGGGAUUAAAUGUGAAGCUUUUAGCACAGAUGUCAUUUGUCAGAGUGAACCAUUACGGUCCCCGUGGAGGAGGAAGGAAAGCACUGAAAGUAAAGAAGAAAAUGUCAGUAAAGCAAGAAUGGGAUAACACUGUAACUGAUCUAACAGUUCAUCGGGCAACUCCUGAAGAUCUGAUCCGUCGUCAUGAAAUACACAAAUCGAAGAAUAGAGCAUUAGUACACUGGGAGCUCCAAGAAAAAGCUUUGAAGAGAAAAUGGAAGAAGCAGAAACCGGAAAUUUCUAAUCUUGAGAAAAGGAGAUUGUCUCUCAUGAAGGAGAUUCUUUCUGAUCAAUACCGGAUGCAGGAUGUAUUGGAAAAAUCUGAUCAUUUGAUGGCUACAGCAAAAGAUCUGUUUGUUGAUUUUCCUCGUAGGCGCACAGGGUUUCCUAAUGUAACAAUGGCUCCUGAUUCUUCUCAAGGUCCCAUUGUGGUAAAUCAAGACCCUGUCACCCAGGCCAUCCUUAGUGAAUCUGUUAUUGAGCCUCAGGCUCUUAAUGAAGUAGAUGAUGACCAACGAGAAGAAACUGUUAACAGCCAGUCAGAAGAAAGUGAGAAUGAGUUGGAUAACUCUCUAAGCUCUCAGUCAAACACAAAUGCGAACACGUUUCUCCACCAAAUAAAGGAAGAUAAUUCCGAGUUAAUUAAUAAACUAUGGACUGAUAUUCAGCAGAAAGUAGCAACAAAAUCACAAAUAACAACCUCUUUAGGAACUCCAUCAUCUGCUUCUCCAUCAGGAGAACAAAAAGCUGCUCUGAAUGCUACCAAUGCUGUUAAGAGAAUCCAUACGAGGCUUCAACUGGAAGAAUCUGCUGAGACUCUAGACUCAAGCUAUGUAGUGAGACAAGUGCUGAACUCAAGGAAGCAAAAACAGCUGCUAAAUAAAGUGAAAAGAAAACCAGAUUUGCGUGCUCCUUCCAAACAGAAGAAUAGCGUGUUAUCAACCAGCACAGACUCCACAGACUUACCGAAUAGCAGUAACCCCAGCCUAGAUGUCCUCAAACGCAUGAUACAUGAAGUGGAACAUGAAAUGGAAGAGUAUGAGCGGUGGACAGGACGCGAGGUCCGGGGGCUCCAGAACAGUCAGGGUCUCACCGGCUUCACCCUGUCGCUCGUGAGCUCCCUCUGUCGCCUGGUUCGGUACCUUAAAGAGAGUGAGCUCCAACUGCGUAAAGAAGUAGAGACAAGGCAGCAACUGGAACAAGCAUUAGGCGAUCAUCGAGAGCUGAUUGAUGCUCUGACAGCUGAAAUUCUUCUCCUUAGAGAAGAAAAUACUGCUACCCAGGCAAGACUUCAGCGGUACAUGAUCACAACAGAUGAGCAGCUUAUAUCACUCACACAUGCCAUUAAGAACUGUCCUGUGAUAAAUGACAAAGAAAGUCAGACAUUAGAAAGGGGAGCCACAAGUAGAAAUAUGGACAGUCCAGAGGGUCCAGCUGUAAAUGCUAAUGCCUCCGUGCCAUUGAUGUUCAGAGGGGAAGAUGCGGUUGAAUUCCCACGGGAAGAUUUGCCUGUUAAACUGUCUCAGGUGCCAAACCCUCCAGAAAGCGGGAAUCUGGCCAGCAAUUUUCCAGGGCAUAUAUUUGAGCCAGCGGUAUUGUUAACACCACCCAGGCAGAAGAGCAACUCAGAAUUCUGUCCUUUGCAGGAUGUAUUGAGGAGGACUGUUCAAACUCGUCCUGCCCCACGAAUUCCUCCAACCGUGGAAAUAAUUGAGAAGGAACAAAAUUGGGAAAAGAAGACCAUACCUACUGGCACAGACAUUCAGAAUUCAAGUGAAGAGAGUCAUCUCUUUACUCAGAGGUGGAGGGCCUCUCACAUGGGAGAAGAUUUGCAGAACAAAACCCAGACUCCUUUUGUUAACCCCUCACAGCCCCUCUGCAAUUCCCGUUCAAGCACUCAGCAAUCAAGAAACCCCGCACUCUCAGAAGUACCCCCAGUAUUGGGAGAUGGGCAACAGCUUAGAACAGAUGAGACAUUAAUACAAAGAAAGGACAUCAUGGCACGAAUUGCUGAGUUGACACUGCAGAAUUCAGCUAUCAAGGCACAUCUGAAUAAUAUUAUUGGGCCAGGGGGAGAGCAAGGGGAUGGACUUCGGGAGUUUAACAAACAGGAGACGAGUCAUGCCAGCGACAUGACCUCUACUUUUCCAGCAGUACAACCUCUAACACCAAGUAGCAUGGAGGAGCGGAUUGCAGAAUUGAAUCGACAGAGUAUGGAGGCUCGUGGAAAACUCUUGCAAUUCAUAGAGCAGCAGAAACUUGUUGGUUUGAAUCCUUCCUCUCCACCAGUAUCACCUAUUCGGUCACCUCUCGGAGCAUGGACUGAAGGAGGAAAGAGGACGAUCGAGGUAUCUAUUCCAGUAGCAGAAGCCCCAGAAAGCUCAAAAUGCACUAUUGUCUCUCCUACCAGUGAGCUAAAUUCAACAAGAUCUCCAGGGGCUACUAGUAAUUCUUGUUCUCCAUUAAAUGCCACCUCAGGAAGUGGGCACUUGACACCUCUUAAUCCAAGUGCAAAGAUUGAGAAACAGAAUGAAGAAGGCUGGUUUGCUCUUGCUACCCACGUGUCCUAAGUGAGGUCGAGUUGUAGAGUUUGUUCUCAGUAAUAUAUUCAUGAGCUUCCACUCCCCUUUCCCUGCUCCCACUUUUAAGUUUUUAUGUUCUUCUUUCACAUACAACUUACAAAGAUCUCGUGACUUAGUACUAAUGGAACAAAGAAAUAAAGCAAUUAUUUUAAUUUUUAACCUUUUCAAAUAGAUUUCCAACAAACAAACAACCUAUAACCUCUUGUGAAUAAAAUUUUGACUAGAGGGAAAUAAAAGUUUUAUAUUCUAAUAAAUUCAAGGAUUUUUUUGAGUAAUAUAUUUUUUCUUUAUCAUCUUUAUUCAGAUUUUUUUUGGUCCAGUGUAUCUCAAGUGUUGAUCUAUUUUAUACUUAUUUUAUUUUUUUCUGAAGAACUAAGCUGCUUUUCCAUAUAACUUACAAUAAAAUGCCUCGGUGUGACUAAAGUCUGGCUUUCAGAAAAAUUUACACCCCCUUUUGAGAGAAGUCACUGUAGUCCAUCACUUUUUCCAUCAAGUGAAUAUAUAGUUUUAAAAAGUAAGUGUGGGAGUAUUUGUUUGUAUUUGCUUAAGCAGGUAAGGGUGGUUAUAUAUAUUAUAAAAUUCUUACAUAGUCUUUACAUGUGAAAAUGUUAUCAGUAAUGGUAAUGUAUAUCAAAAAAAUAAUGAUUGAGCUUAAAUAUCUGAAUGCAGUAACAUUGAUUUAUUGGUUUAUUUAAUGUUUGAAACAGAAUUGAGUACAAAACGUUGCUAUCAAUUUUCCCAGCCUUGAAUCUACAAUGCAUUCAGGGUAGAUUUUUCUUCAAGGCACCUGUUUGAUCUCACAUAUUGGUUUCUGUUUUAAACUUGGUUUUUGAAUGGUCUCUGCUCCUUGGCUCUAUGAUAGGAAUUCUCAGCCUAAGUGAGGUGGGAGUGGCGAGGGGGAAGCACAUUGAAACUCCUUGGGGAACUUUCUCAGAUAACACCUUCCCUCCUCCUGCAGUUGUAAGUCACUGUUGUAGGAAGUGUGCUAUGCAGCUUUCAUUUGGGCCUCUUCAUUGUUGUAGGGGCAAAAUAGUUAUUAUCUUUCGGUAUCACUGAUUUUAUUUAUGUGAAGUCAUCUGUAUGCAUGUGCAUUAUUGCAGAUUCUUCCAUCUGUAUUGCACUUUUUAAACCUUGGUAUUUAAUAAAUACUAUCC